AUGGAAAAGGAUCUCAACGCGCAGCGGACAGAUAUCGAGAUUGCCGCAGAGGAGGUUACGGAGGCCAAACAGUACCUCGUCGAUCUCGACCGCCGAAAGAACCAGUAUCGCGAGGCUCAACGAAAAAUAUUAACAACACGGCCCGAGGAGGACUUAUGGAUACUGAGCGGCGGCUCUACGUUUGUGUCGUGCGAGCUGAGCCACUCUGGUACGCUCAAGUACUUUGAGUGGCGCUUGCAGCAGUGCGAUAACGAGAUCGAGAGGGCCCGAGAGGACUUAAAACUGAAAGUAGCAGCGCUGGCAGAGCUGGAGGGACCUGACAGUGCCUUGGCGCGCCUUUAUGAAGGGUUCGAUCUGAAGGGGAUGUCGUGA